AUGCCCACGUCAAGUAGCAUCCUGCAGAAGUUCCUCAGCAACAGUUUGUCCUUCGGCAAGUCCACCAAACUGGCCCUGGUGGUGCGGUCCGAUAUCAAAAUGUCCAAAGGCAAGACGGCGGCGCAGUGCGCCCACGCGGCAGUUAUGUGCUACCAGGGCUCGGAGCAGGGCACCAAGCUCCAGAAAGCCAUCCUGCAGCGAUGGUGCCGCCUGGGCCAGCCAAAGAUUGUCCUGCGCGUGGACAACUUCGAGCAGUUGAGCUCCCUGGAACGGCAGGCCCAGGAAGCGAACGUGGUGGCCGCCAUGGUGCGGGAUGCCGGUCGCACGCAGCUGGAAUCGGGAACGGCCACCGUGCUGGGACUGGGUCCCGCCCCAGCCGAGGAUCUGGACAAACUGGUGGCGCAUUUGAAGCUUUUGUGAACUCUUAGGUUUAUGUAACGUUACAAAUAAAGUACAAGUAAUCAACAA